UCGCAGACUAGCGCUGCUAUGAAGCGUGGGAGUUGUGGUGCUGCGUGCUACUCGGAGGAGCGACAGCAGAGCAGGGACUGCCUCAUCUAAGGCUGCAGUGGAAUACACACUUACCUGGGAGUAAGUCCCAUGGAGAGCUUACUUCUGAGUAGACAUGAAUUGGAUUGCACUAAAGUGGAGACACAAGGAGAAUUUGUUAAAGUCAGAAAGAGCGCUUUGGAGAGGCUGACGACUGAAGUGAUGCAGUUGCAUGACAUUUUGCCCAAAAUAUUGAACUGUGAUAUCUUAGAGAACUUGCAGAAAUUGGAUGCUGUUGAAACAAUUGUAGAAAAGAAAGAUCAUGAACUAGAGCAAUUGAGAUUGGAUUGUGAACACUAUAAAGCCCGUUUAGAAGCAGCCCAAGCCGAUUGUAUGAAAGAAAGAAAGGAAAAAUUAACUGUUCGGCAGCAGUUGAAUGAGGCAAGGCAACAAUUAUUGCAGCAAGCUGAAUACUGUACUGAAAUGGGUGCUGCAGUAUGCACGUUGUUAUGGAGUAUCUCUAGCAGUGAAGAAGCAGUUAAAAAUAUUCUAGGAAGUAAUAAAGCUAUAAAGUUUUUUAGCAUUGCUGGACAGACAAUGGAGAGUUUUGUGCGAUCUUUAAGUGAAGAUAUCAAACAGCAGGAUAUGAAUUCCGAUGAAAGUCAGUUUGUGUUAGGUUUGGCAGGGAUCGUUACAAAUGUUGCUGCUUUAGCAUGUGGUCGUGAAUUCCUGGUGAAUUCAAAUCAAGUAUUGUUGGAAACAAUGAUGCAACUUCUGGGAGUCAUGAAGCAAGGCUGCUGCACAAAACUGAAAGUACUGAUGCUGAUGUCCUUAUACAAUGUUAGCAUCAACGUGAAAGGCUUGAAAUACAUCAGUGAAAGCCCAGGGUUCUUUCCAUUACUAUGGUGGCUUCUGAACGAUCAAGAUCCAGAAGUAUGUCUUCAUGUUCUACGGCUUCUCCAGUCUGUGAUUUUAGAGCCAGAGGUUUUAACCAAGUCAGCUCCUGAAAUGCGUGACUCCUUGCCACUUCCACGUAUCCAUAUGUUAUCAAAGAGCCGCAAUAGGGAUCUUCAAAUCCUGGCCCAAGAACUGCUUGAGGAUCUUAAAGUAUUAGAGUGUGAAAUAUAAAGUUGUGUUUUAUGACAUUGUUAACUUUUCAAACCUUUUUUCAAUGCUGUAGUAAUUUGUAAAAUUACAUAUGGAUAAAAAAAAUCCAGUAUUUGUAAUUAGGUUUGUGUGUGUGACCAGUGUUUCUGCACAGAAGUAAAGUAAUCUCAGCCGUAAGUAGCAUACAUCAAGAUUCCUAGGCUAGCCACAUAAUAUCAAACUAUCAAAGAUGACUUUUAUGCAAAUAUAUUAAAAAGCUCUGCAAAGGAUGGGAAAAGAAACUGAUAUAGAGUUAUAAUAGGUCACCUGUUCUGCAUAUCAAUAAUUUGUUAGCAGCAAAAUCAAGUACCAUUUCUUGAAAUUGAGAUUCAUGUGCCUUAGUCACACCAGCUAUCCUCCUACUCCAGUGAUAUCAAAUUGAGAAAGUCCUUUAAUUUCUUGUCUUUUGACAUCAAAAGUGUUUAGUUUAAAAUCUAGUAAAGGGAAAAAGUUAGUAAAGGAGAACAUCAAUGAUUUUGUAAGUAUUUUUCAUCAAGUCUUUGGAAUUAUCAGCAGAGUAAAAGAGAUUUUUUUGUGUACAUGGGGAUACAACAGUGAUAUAUUUUAUCACAGUGGUUCUUGUUUUUGCCUAUGUCUUGCUUGCAUAGCAGAGAGCUACAUCUUCUCCCUCAAACUGUUGUUGUGGUCCGCCUUCCUGUAUUCCAUGGUAGUAUUUUGUGAAAAGUUACAUUGGAGCCCUUCUCUGGGACAAGUUGUUGUAGUCUUAAUAUAGAGCAUUUUUCAUUAGGCAAAAUUAUCUUGCAUUGCCUCUUCUUUCUUUCCUGAUGAACUCUCCACAGUGAAAACACCCCCAUCGUCUUAGGCUGUGGUGUAGAAAUGCUUCCCCCCUGCACUAUUUCACUACUUACUUAAAAAAUUAAAUCCUACUGAUAUGAGGGAUGAAUAUAGAAGAGUAGGGUGAAUUAAGAUAAUCACUCCAUUAAACUUUGUGUCCUUGUUGUUCUGAGUAAGGACGUGUGUGUGUAGAGGGCAGAGAUAUCCCAGAAUUAGCAGCAGUGAGAACAUAGGGUGGAUGCUCUGCUCUUUUGCUCUGCUGCACUUUCCAAGGUGGGAAAUGUAUUUUAAAGAGCUGUAUAGCAGUAUAUAUGCCCUAUUGUUUCAUUUGACUCUGCCACUGUUUCACUAAUUUUGGAGGAAGUCCCGUUUAAAUAUUGAAAUUAUUUUAAUAAGCUCCAGUUUUCUUGUGAUAUGAGUUACUACUUCUGAAACUCAAGAAUUAUGAAAGAUGCAAAUUUGGUGAAGAUGCAGCUAUUUUGUGAGAAUAACUUGAGUUCUUAAGUAUGUUUUUAUGGUAAGAUGUAACAUACAUAAUUCUUGAUGUAUGAAAACAUGCUGCUGUUAGUAUUUGCAUGUUGUUGUUCUAGAUGUUUUAAUACCCACACUGUCCAGAAUCACAGUGCUUUAUUGUUGCUGCUUAAAACCAUUAGAAGUCUAAUAUGUACUUGGAUG